AAUAGAAAAACUAGAGUCACAGGCAAGAAAAAUCCUACACUCCUUCAAUGGCUAUGAGCAAAGCUAAAACCCUACCCGAAGAAAUCGUAUUUGACAUACUUUCCCUGCUGCCUGCGAAAUUCAUAGGCCAUUACAGGUGCGUGUCAAAGCAAUGGCGCAAUCUUCUCUCAGACCCACAAUUCAUCAAAGCUCACCACAUUAUCCAUGCCCACAAAAAAGAAGAAAAACUCAUUUACAUCUCUGUUUCUCAUGCUCUUCACACUAUCACUUUUAACCAAAAUGGAACUGAUGCCAUUUCAAAAAAGCUUAAUUUUCCGGAGCUGCCAGAUAACUGGCUAAGAGUUAUUGGCUCAUGUAAUGGCUUGGUCUUGGUGGUUAAUAGGCAAAAGAUUAAAUAUCUGUUUAACCCCACAACUUUAAAGUACCAUAGAAUUCCAAAGUUGCAUUUGGCUCUUCCUGCAGCAGGUACCUGUGCAAUGUCUGGUCUAGGGUAUGAUUUUGCUACUGAUGAUUAUAAGGUUGUUACUCUUUCUCGAUAUAUUGGAUAUGAAUGGACUGUUGACAGUACUUUUAUCGAUGUCUACUCUGUGAGAAUGGGUCUAUGGAGGAGACUUGAGUGUAUACCUCAUGAUCAUAUAGCUCAUCAUGAUUUAACUCAUGCUAACGGUUCUGGGGUUUUGGUAAAUGGGGCUUUGCAUUGGAUGGCUAGGAAAGCUCCUAUGCUGCAGUAUUCAUCUAUAAUCGUUGCUUUUGAUUUAACUUCUGAGUCAUUCUCGGAGGUGCCAACACCUACUGUUUUUGGUAAAGGUAAUUUGGGGUGGUAUAAUCUUGUGGCUCUUAGAGGGUGUCUUUUAUGUAUAUUACUCAUGGGGGCAACGAAGUUGAGCUUUGGAUAAUGAGAGAGUACGGAGUUGAGGAUUCUUGGACUGCGUUUAGAUUUAAAGGACCAAAUUCAGUGAAUGGUUUCAUACCGUUGUGCUUAAUGAGUAAUGAUGAUUUUGUACUAUCGGAGGUGAUUGGAGAAAAGUUGAUUAUCUGCAAUAUGAAAGAGGAUCAAUGGAGGGAUAUGAUGGUUGAUGGAAUAACUUCUAUGUUGAAAAGAACUGGAUACUUCAUGGAGAGUCUUGAUACUUUAUUGUUUGAUGCAAUACUCUAAGAUGAUGCUGUACUCAGGAAUUAAUCUACUGCAGCAGAAUAGAAGUUAAGCUGAUGUAUACAAAGCCUUAUCAAAAGAGAGUUGUAUACAAAGGCCUGGAUCUCAAUAUAUUUUAAUCCUAAUAGUGGUUUGUAUAAUGUGAUGAAGUAUACAAAGGUAGUACUUGAGACAUGCAUUUGUGUUUGGUAUAUUUUGAAGUCUGCAAAGGCAAUACUAGCAAUGUUAGGAGAAAAUGUCGCUUUUGAUUAAACCCUUAUACUUGAGAUUUGAUCGUUGAUCGUUCAUAUCUCAGUUGAGCUUUAAUAGAUGAUCUGAGUAGCGAUAAACGCGCAUUUAACAGGUUGUUUUACAUAAAAUCUUCUCCUCUUGUGAAAGAAAGGAUUAUCGUUCGAAUUUCAGUAAACAAAUUUUUAGCUUUGCAAUGUUUUAUUAGCAUAUCAAAUUAUUGUGCUUCCCUGUCGUAUU